AUGGCCAACGGCCACGAGCUCGUAUGCCUGGCAAAUCUCUACCCACCGCCCUCGGACUCGCACGAGCUCGACUCCUUUAUGUACCAGACCGUGGGCUUCGAUAUCGUGCCGUACUACGCAGACUGCACGGGGAAACCACUGUACCGGCGGCUGAUCAGCGGCACGUCGCACAACCAACGGCUGGAAUACGAGCAAACAGAGAACGACGAGACUGAGGAUCUGUACGAGCUGCUGAAGCUCGUGAAGGAGCACCACCCGGACGUGGAGGCUGUAAGCGUGGGGGCCAUUCUGUCGUCGUACCAGCGCACCCGCGUGGAGGACGUCUGCAGCCGUCUUGGCCUCACUGCGCUGGCGUACCUGUGGCAGAGAGACCAGGAACAGCUGAUGGGCGAGAUGUGCGCGUCAGAAAUGGAAGCCAGACUCAUCAAAGUGGCUGCGAUCGGCCUCAACGACAGACACCUGGGGCUAACGUUGCAGGAGAUGUACCCCGUGCUGGUAGAUCUGAAUAGAAAGUAUGGGGUGCACGUGUGCGGCGAAGGCGGCGAGUUUGAGACCCUGGUGUUUGACGCGCCGUUUUUCACCAAGGGAAGGCUUAGAAUCGUGCACCAGGAAACCGUGCGACACACUAACGACGAGGUGUGGUACCUGAAGCUGAAAGUGGAGGUGGUGGAGAAACAAUGUGGGGGCAGAUGCAACGUGGUGCAGCCGCCUCUCUUGCACGAGCCGUUUAAGCAGAUAAGGGAGCAGCUAAAACAUGGCUCGCGGGGAGCAUCGAAGGCCGUCGCGCAGCUCGUUGGCAGCUGGCACCAGAACUCAUCCCACUCAGGUACCAUUUUCCGCCUAAGUAACAUUACCUCCACGCUACCAACGGCCGAGCAACAGAUGGCCCACAUUAUGUCCCAACUAGAAGAAUACCUGGACAAUCACAACCUGGACCCCACAAACGUGAUCUUCUCCUCGCUGCUCGUGAGCGACAUGUCAAAAUUUGGUCUGCUCAACUCCAUAUACCAGUCCACGUUCACACACCCACUCCCGCCAGCCCGUGUGUGCGUGGAAACCAACUUGCCCGAAAACUGCUUUGCCCAGCUUUCCGUGGAGAUCAUACAAAACACCCACUUUAAGAAGGGCCUACACGUCCAGGGCCGGUCCUACUGGGCACCAUCAAACAUAGGGCCGUACUCGCAGUCCAUAACAGACACAUGCACCUACAUGGCCCACAUCAGCGGCCAGAUCCCGCUAAUCCCUAGAGACAUGAGCGUGUGCAAGGAUGUUUUGACACAGGCGGUGCUUGCCUUGCAGCACUUUGAGCACGUCAAAGAAGCCGUCGGAAGCAAGACAGUGCUCUUUAUGUGUUGCUUUGUGACGGACGCAAGCCUCGUGGACGUCGUAGGUAACACUUACCGCCUCUACACGAAGGCAUCACGUGAUCUAGACCACGUGCAACAGCUGGUGACUGCUGUUGUGAGCGCGCUGCCGCGCGGGGUGGACGUGGAGUGGACGGGCGUCAGCGUGAACGAGGCGGUGGGCGACUACGAGCACGCAGAGAUAGCGUUUGACACAGAAAUGGAGUACUCGGCGGACAAACACUACAGGAUAUACUGCGAUGGCCGCGGGCUGCCUGCUGCACUGCCAAGUUCGUACGAGCUGGUUCCGGUGCGAGGUGUGUUUGACGUUACCGGGGGCCAGCGCAGAUGUGCGGUGGUGCAGAUGCCGUGA